UCUCCAACAAACAGCAGAUCUGCCAGCAGCAGAGAUGGCAGCUCUGUGCUGGACGGUGCUGCUGACGGCUCUCUUCCUGUCCGCUGGGAACACUUUGGCGGACGUGGACCAGGACUGGCUCACAGGUGUUAUAGAAGGCAUCAAGAAUGAGUUUGCACUUGGUGACACCUUCAGUCUGGCCGUGAACCUCCCUCUGAACCAGGACCCAAACAAUCUUGAGCAGAUCCUCCAGGAUGACCCAGCAGACAAAGUCCAACAAGCUGUUUCAGAGGGUGGAGUGUACCAGGGCAGGAGGGUGAUAGCAGCAGCUCAGACCGGGGCCUUAUCACGUGUUCUAGAUAACAUAGAACCCUUCGUUAAAAGCAGUGAGGGCAACUUCCUCAUCAUCUACUCUGAAGAAUCCCCAUGUGGACCAGCGUGUACCACCAAUGUAAAUGAGGACGCUAUCGCUGCCAAGAUUAACCAAGUGGUUCAGCACUGGCGCGGCUAUGCGUUUGUGUUUUCUAAAGUCAGUGAUGUUCCUGCUGCAGACAUGUCUCAACUGUCCCAGUCCUUCAAACAACUGGACAUCUCUAAACUUGGGCUUGAUCACAUAUUCCGUUGUUUUGGAGAUGAUUCCUUUCAGUGCACCAGCUGCUCCUCAGACGGAGACGUUACACCCUCAUGUGUUGCAAACAACGCCCCGUCCAAUCAGGAAGCAGACGAGGGUACAAGCUUGGAUGGUUUCCUAGGCACAGGAUUAGUUGGAGGGAGGGAAGGUGGCAUAGGAGAGGGGGAACAUGGAGGCCUGAGCAAGUGCAAAGGACGUAAAGGAGGCUGCAAGGACAAAGGAGGUGUCAGGCGAGGGAAAGGAGGCAAGGGGAAGAAAGGUGUCGGGCGAGGGAAAGGACGCAAGGGGAAGAAAGGUGUCGGGCGAGGGAAAGGAGGCAAGGGGAAGAAAGGUGUCGGGCGAGGGAAAGGAGGCAAGGGGAAGAAAGGUGUCGGGCGAGUGAAAGGACGCAAGGGGAAGAAAGGUGUCGGGCGAGGGAAAGGAGGCAAGGGGAGGAAAGGUGUCGGGCGAGGGAAAGGAGGCAAGGGGAAGAAAGGUGUCGGGCGAGUGAAAGGACGCAAGGGGAGGAAAGGUGUCGGGCGAGGGAAAGGAGGCAAGGGGAGGAAAGGUGUCGGGCGAGGGAAAGGAGGCAAGGGGAAGAAAGGUGUCGGGCGAGGGAAAGGAGGCAAGGGUAGGAAAGGUGUCGGGCGAGGGAAAGGACACAAGGGGAAGAAAGGUGUCGGGCGAGGGAAAGGAGGCAAGGGGAGGAAAGGUGUCGGGCGAGGGAAAGGACGCAAGGGGAAGAAAGGUGUCGGGCGAGGGAAAGGACACAAGGGGAGGAAAGGUGUCGGACGAGGGAAAGGAGGCAAGGGGAAGAAAGGUGUCGGGCGAGGGAAAGGACGCAAGGGGAAGAAAGGUGUCGGGCGAGGGAAAGGAGGCAAGGGGAGGAAAGGUGUCGGGCGAGGGAAAGGACGCAAGGGUAGGAAAGGAGGCAAGAAAAGAGGGGGACGCAAAGGUAAAAGAAGGGGUUAG